AUGCCGCUUGGCACGGCGGUCAUUGAUCAGUUUUUGGGUCUCAAACCACACCCAACCAAAAUCCAGGCGACGUAUGUUUGGAUUGACGGAACAGGAGAGAAUCUGCGAUCAAAGACGAGAACAUUUGACAAGUUGCCGAAGAGAAUCGAAGAAUACCCGAUCUGGAAUUACGAUGGAUCUUCAACGGGACAAGCCAAAGGAAGGGAUUCAGAUCGUUAUUUGAGACCAGUGGCAUCAUAUCUUGACCCAUUUCUCGGCGGGAACAAUCGACUGAUUCUAUGCGACACUUUGGACCAUGAAAUGCGUCCUACAGCAACAAAUCAUCGCCAAAUGUGUGCCGAAAUCAUGCACGAGAUUCGCGAUGCAAAACCAUGGUUUGGAAUGGAACAGGAGUAUUUGAUCAUUGAUCGCGACGAGCAUCCACUCGGAUGGCCAAAACAUGGAUUCCCAGCACCACAGGGAAAGUAUUACUGUAGUGUUGGAGCGGAUCGUGCAUUCGGUCGCGAAGUCGUCGAAACUCAUUAUCGCGCUUGCCUUCACGCGGGUCUUAAUAUCUUUGGAACAAAUGCUGAAGUUACUCCAGGACAGUGGGAGUUUCAGAUUGGAACAUGCGAAGGAAUCGAGAUGGGUGAUCAACUAUGGAUGGCCAGAUACAUCCUUCACAGAGUUGCGGAACAAUUUGGAGUAUGUGUAACUCUUGAUCCAAAACCAAAGAUUACUAUGGGUGAUUGGAACGGUGCCGGAUGCCAUACAAAUUUCUCAACGGCGGAGAUGAGAGCCCCUGGAGGAAUUUCUGCAAUAGAGGCAGCAAUGGAAGGCCUCCGUAAGACCCAUCAUGAGGCAAUGAAGGUCUAUGACCCAAAUGGAGGUCGUGACAACCUUCGUCGUCUUACUGGUCGCCAUGAGACCAGUUCGGCCGAUGAGUUCUCGUGGGGAAUCGCCAAUCGUGGCUGCUCUAUUCGAAUUCCUCGACAAGUGGCUGCCGAAAAGAGGGGAUACUUGGAAGAUCGUCGCCCAUCAUCUAACUGCGAUCCGUAUCUUGUGACUGCAAUGGUCGCUCAGAGCAUUCUUCUUCAAAAUGAAUAA